CUUGAAACUAGAUGGAAUUCAACCCUCAAUAUGUUGUCAAGAUUCCUGGAGUUGGAGGUACCAAUUAAAACCACCAUAGCAUUAAUAGAUACAGAAUUGCCCUCUCUAAAUUUAUUAGAGAAAAUUACAAGUUACAAGAAAAUUAAUUUCGUUAUUAAAACCUUACAAACAAUUAACCGAAAAUUUAAGUUUCCAAAAAUAUCCUCCAUCUUCCAGCUUAAUUGUGAUGAUUCCAGGACUUUUAGACCUACUGGAUAAGUAUAAAAUACAAGAGGAAUUCGCAGACUUAAAAGUUACUAUAGACAUUUUGAAUAAAAGAAAUUAAAAAAAAAAGAAAGAUUUGGGAACUUAGAGGGAAGUGGAAUACUGGCUGUAUACACUUUUUUGGAUCCGAGGUAUAAGAUGAUGGGAUUCAAAAAUAAAGAUGGUGAUGCAGCCCGUAUUGCAAAGGACUUCUUAUUCAAAAAAUUGUUGAUUCCUCAAGGAUCAAAAAUCAGCCGGAACAGAAGAAAUCUAGUGAAGAACAACAAAUGCUGGUGUCCCUUGAUGAGGAUUCUGUCUUCAAUUCAUUUUUAUCAGAGACCAAAUCUCUAAGUACAUCUAUUGCGGGAGUUGCCAUUUCUUCAAUAAUUUUCCUUAUCGAACCCGCUGGAACGGCUUCUGCUAACUGUUCUUCCGUUCCUUAUCGAUCCAGCUGGAACGGAAUUGGAACUGGUCUGGAACGAUUCGCCAACUGUUCCUCCCCACUCCUUAUCGAUCCAGCUGGAACGGAAUUGGAACUGGUCUGGAACGAUUCGCCAACUGUUCCUCCCCACUCCUUAUCGAUCCAGCUGGAACGGAAUUGGAACUGGUCUGGAACGAUUCGCCAAAUGUUCCUCCCCACUCUUUAUCGAUCCAGCUGGAACGGAAUUGGAACUGGUCUGGAACGAUUCGCCAACUGUUCCUCCCCACUCCUUAUCGAUCCAGCUGGAACGGAAUUGGAACUGGUCUGGAACGAUUCGCCAACUGUUCCUCCCCACUCCUUAUCGAUCCAGCUGGAACGGAAUUGGAACUGGUCUGGAACGAUUCGCCAACUGUUCCUCCCCACUCCUUAUCGAUCCAGCUGGAACGGAAUUGGAACUGGUCUGGAACGAUUCGCCAACUGUUCCUCCCCACUCCUUAUCGAUCCAGCUGGAACGGAAUUGGAGCUGGUCUGGAACGAUUCGCCAAAUGUUCCUCCGUUCCUUAUCGAACCGGCAUCCCCACUCCUUACCAAAGCAGCGGUAUCGAUAAUUUUCAGUCGUAUGGCUAGCUGUGGUGUUUCCAUAAAAGAAGAAAUGGAAGAAAAAUCUGAUUAUCUUUGUAAGUUAUCCUUUCAAUAA